AUGGUUUUGAUAAAGGAAGAUAAUUUAGCUAUAUGUAAUUUUCCAAUUGGUAGAAUUGUGGAGGUCUUUCCUGGAAAGGAUGGCAGAGUUCGUCCCACAGGCCGGUAUUCAAAAAAUCGAGCGAGACCACAAAAACCAGACAAGUUUUUAACGCCUCUGCUCGCACUAAGGACUCAGAAUUUAAAGACAUACAGGCACAACCGCGUAGUGUUUGGACUUACAUCCAGUCCUUUUCUGCUAGCAGCCACUUUAAAUCACCUGCUGAAUGCUGUUCCCGGACAUUUAAGUGAAAUUUCUCGGAUUUUAAAAGAUUCUUUUUAUAUUGACAAUUCUCUGGUUAGUUCAGAUCAAAUCGAAGAAACUGAAAAGUUUAUUAGUGAAGCCAAAGAAAUUUUGUCCUCAGCACAUUUCAAUUUGAGAUGCUGGCUAUCAAACAUGUCUGUUCCGAUGAUCGAUAGUACAGAAAGUAAGCCACAGUCUGUACCUGUGUUAGGGCUAAUCUGGGAUACACAAAAAGACACUUUAAAUUGCAAAAUUACCGAACCAGUUCAAAUGAAGGAAUCCUACACUAAACGACAAAUUUUAUCAGCAACCCAUAAAAUAUAUGACCCAAUUGGUUUCACAGCUCCUUUAACUUUAAUUCCUAAACUUAUCUUACAACAGACAAGGAUUCAAAAAAUAAAGUGGGAUCAACAACUUCCUCCAAAUUUGAGUAAACAUUUCAGCACUUGGAUUAAGCAAUUAGAUUUACUACCGAAAAUAGAAAUUCCUCGUUGGCUCAAUAUAGAUUACCAAAAUGAAUACAUCACAAUACUACAUAUUUUUUCUGAUGCAAGUAAACAAGCUUUUGCCACUUGUGCAUUUUUGAGAACUGAAAAUAAAGAAGGUGUUCAAGUACAACUAGUAAAUACUGGAAGCCGAGUUGCACCGAUUAAAGAAAUGACAAUACCACGACUAGAACUCCUAUCAUGUCUGAUUGGAGCCAGACUUGCUAGAACCAUCUUAACAGACUUGAGUAUUGUAGAACACACAUCCACAGCUCUAGGAUGGAUGAGAAGAGAUCAAGCGUGGGGAACAUUUGUUCACAAUAGAGUCCAGGAGAUAAGAACUUCAACGAAAAUUUCUGAUUGGAAGCACGUACCAGGAAAGUACAACCCAGCAGACCUGCCUUCCCGUGGAUGUUCUUUUGAGCAGUUAAUGGAAUCAAGAUGGUGA